AUUCUAAAUCAGGAAGUGCCGGGAGUUAACAUGGCUGCGAAAGGACCGGUCGAAAGCUUAACCGAUGAGGCAAUUUGUUCCGUCUGUCUGGAUUUCUUCGCCGAUCCGGUGUCACUGGAGUGUGGACACAACUUCUGUCGCUCUUGUAUCACACGGUAUUGGGAAAGGGAGGAGAGAAACUCUUGCCCGGAAUGUAGAGAGCUGUUUGCUAACCGCACCCUCAGGGUCAGUUGGGCCUUAGCAAAUCUGGCUGAAAAAGCUCGAAAUCUAAACCUGAAUCUGAAAGGGAAGGAACGUAACCUUCACUGCGAGGAGCAUGAGGAACAACUGAGGCUGUUUUGUGAUACGGACAAGACACUGAUCUGUCUGAUCUGUAGAGAUGCGCAGGAACACAGGGAGCACCGCUUCAUGCCGAUUAAAGAAGCUGUUAAAAUCUACAAGGAUCAGCUAAAAUCUUCCUUGGACUCUCUCACAAAAAAGAAAUCAGAUUUCCAGGAAAAGGAGCAGCAACAGAAAGAGAAGAUUUCUGGAGUUCGGGAACAGACACACAGCGUUCAGUCUCACAUCACAUCACAGUUUGACGAACUGCGCCAGAUUAUCACUGAGAAAGAGCAGAGCUUACUCAGAGAUCUCAGGAAUGAAGAGGAGAGGAUUUUAAAUCCAAUGGAGAAAAACCUUCUGGAGAUUCAAGAGAAUAUAAGGCUUAUUCAGGAAGAAAUCACUAACAUAAAGAAACAGAUGGAUCAAAAAGACAGUGUGAUAUUUCUCAAGGAGGAAGCUCGACGGAACAAGAGGAUUAAUGAUGAUGUCCAGGAAUUGUCAGUGACAGAUGAGGCCCUACCGGUUGAAAAAUUCAAUCACCCCUAUUUGUUGAACACAGUGCUGAGGGAAACACUUGAUGCUAUUAAUCGAGUUUCUGUCACCCUGGAUGUGGAAACGGCGAACCCGGAGCUUGAGGUGUCUGGCGAUCGGAAGAGUGUGAGAUUGACCGGGACCAGGAGGAAUCGCCGUCACACCGGGAAGAGAUUCACACACUGGCUUUGUGUGCUGGGAUCGGAGGGAUUCACAUCGGGGAGACAUUACUGGGAGGUGGAGGUGGCGAGGAAUCGGGUCUGGUAUCUGGGAGUUGCCGCAGAGUCUGUGCAGAGGAAGGGAUGGUUCAGAGUGAGACCGGAGACCGGAUUCUGGGUCAUCGGGCGGGUUUAUGACGUGACUGAGCAGGAUGAUGACGUCAUAAUUGUUCUCACGUCCCCUGAGGCCCGUCUCCCCGCCGGCCUCAUCCCCGGGAGGGUAGGUGUUUAUCUCAGAUACCAGUCCGGGACAAUUUCAUUUUACAACGCGGAGACCAAGUCCCAUCUCCACACCUUCAGUGGCAAUAAAUUCACGGAGAAACUUUAUCCUUUCUUCUGGCUUGCGGAUAGAAACCAGUGGCUAAGAAUCUGCUCCGGUUCCGCUCCGGAUUUGUAAACGGGUCGGGUCCCAGGACCGGCUUCUAGAGUAAAGUACUUGUAAAUAUAAUUGUGCGGAGAAUGAAAUAAACAUGAGAAGGGAAUUAUCGCUCCAUAAUUUUAACUCAUUUACCGUGUCCGUCAACGAAACAGAAACACUGCGGAUUCAGCCGCAGCGGCGAGCGGCGCGUCCUGAGUUCCCUCGGGUGCUAAAGUCCACGCGCACGGAGACAGGUUAAAUGGAACAAGUGGGGGCGGUGCUGACUGGAAGAGGGCAGUCACAGAAACAUAGAAACAUAGAAAA